AUGGCGGACCAAUGUUGUGAUGUCUGACUUGAGGAAACAUGGCCGGUGUUGAGGUGAACAACGGCCUGAGAGAGGCAUUAAUAGAGAACCUAAACAACAUUUUGUCACCUCAAGCAGAUGUCCGACGAGCAGCUGAGGAACAAAUCCACGUUUUAGAAGUGACAGAAGAGUUUGGGGUCCAUUUGGUAGAGCUUACAUUAGACCGUAAUGGCCCCUUGCCCAUCCGCCAACUGGCCUCUGUACUCCUCAAACAGUAUGUUGAAGCCCAUUGGUGCACAGACUCGGAAAAGUUCCGCGUGCCUGAAUGCCCUGAAUAUGCGAAAGUAAAGAUCAGAGAGCUGCUUCCACAUGGCCUACAUGAGCCAAUUAGCAAAGUCAGAUCAUCUGUAGCUUAUGCAAUAUCAGCCAUUGCCCACUGGGAUUGGCCAGAGCAGUGGUGUGGACUUUUUGAUUUGUUGAUGGUGGCUCUGAAAACUGGGGAAGAAUCCCCCGUUCAUGGAGCCAUGCGCGUCCUUACCGAGUUUUCUCGGGAUUUGACAGAUCAACACAUUCCUCAGGUGGCACCUGUUAUACUGCCCGAGAUGUACCGCAUAUUCUGUGAGGAGGAGAAAUAUGGGAUUAGAACGAGAGGCAGAGCAGUAGAAAUUUUCAGUACCUUGGCUAACUUAAUCUGUAUGAUGGGGGAAUAUAACAGGAACUUGGCUAAGACACUUCUCUACCCAACAUUACCAGCAUUUACACAAGCACUUGUCAAGGGUCUGCAGACUCCCGAUGGUUUUACCUCUGAUUCCGGCUUAAAGAAAGAAAUUCUUAGUGCAUUAACAGUUCUGAUGAAGAAUGUACCAAAACAGAUGGGACAAUACCUAGGGGAGGUGUUGGGGCCUGUGUGGCAGACCCUCACUACAAGUGCCGAUACUUAUGUUAAUACCACAGUUAACGCCAGAGAGGAUGCUGAUGACCCAGUAGACUCGGAUGGUGAAGUACUUGGCUUUGAGAAUCUUGUGUUUAGUAUAUUUGAGUUUGUACAUGCUCUAGUGGAAACUACUAAACACAAGCAACUUAUUAAACAAGGCAUUGCUGAUCUUGCUUACUACAUUCUCCUGUAUAUGCAAAUUACAGAAGAUCAGAUUGAAAAUUGGAGCAGUAAUCCAGAUGCUUUUGUAGAGGAUGAAGAUGAAGACAGCUUUGCCUAUUCUGUAAGAAUCUCGGCUCAAGAUUUGCUGCUGGCCUUGUGUCAAGAACUAGCUGAAGAGUGUGGCCAAGGUUUAAUAGUUGCUGUUGGGAGACAUUUGGAGCGAGCAGCUAGCCAGCGAACUGCGGGUGACCCUGCUUGGUGGAAAACACACGAGGCUGUCAUGCUGGCCAUGGGAUCUGUCCGGGACCUAAUCCUUGAUCAAGUGACGAAGGGACAGUUGCAGUUUGAUCUCACAAAUUUUAUCCAGUCUGUUGUUUUGGCUGACCUUGACCCUAAUUUUUCGCCAUUUUUGGCUGGACGAGCUCUUUGGUGUGGCAGCAGGUUUGGACAGGCGGUUACUCCAGAGAUGCUUGAUAGAUUUCUCCAGGCUACAGUGUCAGCUCUCAACCACAGUCCCAACCCUAUUAUUAAAGUCUCUGGAGUCAGGUCAGUGUGGGGCUUCUGUGAAUAUUUAAAAGGUAGUGGCAACCCAGGAGCACUCCAGCCAUAUCUUCCUUCCAUUCUGGACGGGCUUGUUACCUUAGCAACUCAAGCGUCUUCAGAAGUACUCUCUCUUAUACUGGAGACCUGCUGUAUAGUAGUUUCUGUUGAUUCCAAUUUCACAGCAGCAAAUGUGGGUCGAAUAUCUACUCUUUGUUUAGCAGUAUUUAUUAAAGCAAAUAAUGAUCCUGUACUAGUUGCACUUGUGCAAGAUGUGGUACGGGAACUGUGCGCCAACCCAGGUUGCACCACAACGCUUCAAACCAAGUUUAUUCCUACUUUAGCAUCAAUACUUAAUGCAUCAACAGAUAAGGUGCCACCAGGUAUGCAAGCUGUGGCUUUGGACAUGCUUGAAGUAAUGGUUCGAUCCUCAACUCCACCCCUUGAGGAACCAUUGAUCAAUGUAGCCUUCCCAGCUGUAGUACAGAGAACUCUUAAUACAGAUGAUAAUUCUACUCUGCAGAAUGGAGGGGAAUGUCUUAGAGCUUAUAUCUCUGUGGCUCCUGAUCAGGUCAUAGCAUAUCAUGAUGCUGAGGGUCGGUCAGGUCUGCAGUAUGUAGUUCAAGUUGCAACACAGCUGUUGUCACCGGCCACCAGUGAACACACGGCAACAUUUGUAGGUCGGCUUAUUACUGUUCUCAUCCGGAGAGCUGGUGACCACUUGGGAGAUAAUUUGGAUCUUCUUCUCAGAGCUGUUCUUAGUAAACUUCAGGGUGCCGAGACUUUAACAGUGGUUCAGAACCUUGUGUUGGUAUAUGCUCAACUGGUCCACUCACAAUUGGAGGGUGUCUUGAUCUUCUUAGCAGGAGUUCCAGGACCUUCAGGACAGUCUGCCCUUCAUUUUGUUCUUACACAGUGGUGUUCCAAACAGCAUCUCUUUUUUGGUGCAUAUGAAGGAAAGGUCAGUGCAGUUGCUCUAGCGAAGCUACUGGAGCAUGGAGUGACAGCUAAUGAUACUCGUUUGCAAGAUAUCAUAGUCCAGGGAGACCAGGUUUUCUCCCCUGAGGGCCGAAUGCGAACAAGAUCUCAACGUUUAACACGUCCAGAGCAGUGGACUCAGGUGCCUGUGUUGGUAAAGAUCUUCAAACUCCUGAUUAAUGAACUUGCCAAUGCCAUUGACUCCAACAUGACGAAGGAUGAUGAUGAGCAGGAGUCGGAAGAUGAAUGCUGGGAAGACGAUGAGGAGGAGGGUCAGACUAAUGGGGAUUCCUCUUUAACAUCUAUGUUUGCUCCAGCCAGUAGCUAUCCUGGUUAUGAUACAGACACUGUAGAUGAUGAGGAUGACCCUGAUGCAGUGAGUGACCCCUUGUAUAAUCUGGAUCUUCAGCAGUAUCUGACCACCUUCAUCAGUACUUUUGCUCAGCACCCAGCAUUCCCCGUGUUCGUUCCACACCUCAAUCCUCACGAGCAGGAGGUACUCCAAGGCAUCGGUGUUCAAUGCUGAAGACACUUUACGAGUGCAAUGAUCAGUUACUUUAUUACCCAGAACUAUGGGCUCCUCCUAACACACCUCGAUAAAUCUUCCAAGACUUGUUUGUGUUAGAAGAUAUACAGUACAGUAUAGUGAGGCCCAUAUCCGAAGUUGAAGGCCUCCCGAUUUUUUAUUUAUUUUUUUCCUCUGAACAGAAAAGUGCAGAUAAUUGAGAACUCAUAACUUGACGCAUGCCAGGAACCGAAUAAACUGUGAAAUGUGUAUAAUGUAUUGUGUGUUUUAUAUAGAAAAAGAUAUAUUUAUUGAAAGAAAAUUGAGGAAGAAAACUACAAAUGUAUAUAUAUAUAUUGAAUUGUCCCUCAUUCCCUUGAUAUGCAAUGUAAAGAAGAGAUUUAUUUAUGACUUGUAAAGUAAAAUUGUUGCAAAGAAAAUAUAUUAAGUACAGUAGAGUAUUUAGAUAUAUAAAAUGAAUAAUCCCUCCUAAUAAUUACCAGUUAGAGAUGGGCAUUACUGUCUACCUACUUAAAAUAAAUGAUCAGAUUGGCAAGUAACUACCACAUGAAAAUUCCUUGCCAGAUAUAUUCCAAUUAAAGUAUUUUAUAUUAUGAGGUAUGAACUGGGAUCUGUUCUCUUAAAUGAAAAGCAGUCGACUUUUCACCAUCUACUGACAUAAUGCGUUACUCAUGAAGGUGUCUGGAGUUUGCUCACUUUAGAACAGUGAAGUGCAAAACAUUUCAUUGUUGCUAGCUACUGAAAACUGUGAUCGUUAACAUUGAUAAGAUUAAUGGGAAAAUAAAUAUCAAGAUAGGUGUUAAGAUAUUUAUUGUAUAAAGUCCAGUUACAAGUAAUGUAUAGAAGGUUAAGUAAAAAUAUUGAAUUUGAGAGAGUAAUUAAGAAGAUUUGCCCUUUUGCAUGAAUAUUUACUCUGGUGUGUAUAGUCAUAUUCUAAAGUGCAGGGAAAAUAAAUUGACAGGUUUGUGUGAUUGACUCUGCAAGUCCUUCCUUUAUGAGUAUGUAGGCUUUGGGGUCAGUUGGUAAUACCAAAUUUGCAGCCAGUCCUGUCAUUUGUUUGCAUUUACCUCGACAUAUGGCAGUAUACUAGAGUGCUGAAGUGCCUGCUAGCUGUGUUGCCCAGUGUCAAACUAUGCUUCGUAGCAGAUGCUUUUAUUUUAAAUAUACAAAAGACAGUCUUGCUUACGUUGUUUGAUCUUAAAUAUGCAGCUUAUACUCAUAAAUUGACAAACAUAAGUAAGUUAGUUUCUUCUAGGUUUCAAAACUCGGAGGUAUAUGUGUAGGUAAGGCGACACAGCAUAUUGUUGUGAGUUAAAAGGCUGUUUUGGUAAGUACCCAUCACUGAUAGGUAAGGGAGACUGUCCUAUGCAUCAAGUUCAAAGACCUGUGAUAUCACAGAUAAGGAUAUUCUCUCGGCCAAUUAACUGUAAUAUGAAUGUUUUGAAACCUUUGGCCCUUAAUAGUUUAGCUUUUGAAAUUCGAAGCAAUCUCUUGUGGUGCCACUUCCGGUAAUCUGAUGCUUUAAAUUUUGUAUAUGCGAUUUUCAUGUUGAAUCACUUUUUUUUUUAUUAAAUGUUUAUGGACACUAAUUGACCAAUGAUAAUUAUAAAUUAUAUGCUUGCAUAAAUAAUUUUUGUACUUUGUUAAUUGGGCCUUAAAGUAAUUUUGAGCUAUAGAGAUAUUAUAUGACGUAUUUUUAUAUUGCUUGUUAACUUCUAAAACAGUGAUUAGAGUUAAGCCUGAAACAUUGGAGACGGAUUCUUUCUUUGUAUGGCAGUUGUUUAUAAAUACAUGUAAAAAAAAUG